UAUAUCCGCCUUUGUCUAUAUACCCUCACCCCAUCUCACAAACAUAAACUCUAUCUCUCUCUAUCUCUCUCUGUGUCUGUCGUGUGUGUGUGUGAGUGUAAAAGAUCCCGGAAUCUGAAAUGGGAAGCUUGAAAGAAGAGAGAAAGACAACCGGAUGGGCCGCAAGCGAUCCCUCUGGUGUUCUAGCCCCAUAUAACUUUACUCUCCGAAAUACAGGAGCAGAAGACGUGUUGAUAAAGGUGAUAUGUUGUGGUAUUUGCCACACGGAUCUUCAUCAAGUUAAAAAUGACCUUGGAAUGUCCAAUUAUCCCAUGGUUCCUGGACAUGAAGUAGUAGGUGAGGUGGUCGAAGUGGGGCCCGAAGUCACCAAAUUCAAGGUUGGAGACUGCGUUGGAGUUGGAUGUCUUGUCGGGAGUUGCGACAAUUGCCGCCCUUGUAAGGCGGACGUCGAGCAAUACUGCAAUAAAAAAAUAUGGUCUUAUAACGAUGUUUAUACCGAUGGCAAGCCUACUCAAGGAGGCUUCGCCGGCUCCAUGGUUGUCCAUCAAAAGUUUGUGGUUAAGAUACCGGAAGGAAUGACACCAGAACAAGUUGCACCACUACUAUGCGCCGGGGUGACCGUGUAUAGUCCAUUGAACCACUUUGGAUUGAAAGGAAGUGGACUAAAAGGAGGUAUUCUUGGACUUGGUGGUGUUGGACAUAUGGGUGUUUUGAUAGCUAAAGCUAUGGGACAUCAUGUGACCGUCAUUUCUUCUUCUGACAAGAAGAAAGAGGAGGCACUUGAUGUCCUCGGAGCCGAUGAUUAUCUUAUCAGCUCUGAUGUUGAGCGGAUGCAGGAAUUAGCUGAUUCCUUUGAUUACAUUAUUGACACCGUGCCAGUGCACCACCCUCUCGAGCCUAGUCUGUCGUUGCUUAAACUCGAUGGGAAAUUGAUCAUCAUGGGUGUGAUCAAUGUGCCAUUGCAAUUUGUCUCACCACUCCUCAUGCUCGGGAGAAAGAUGAUCACGGGUACCUUCAUAGGUAGCAUGAAGGAAACUCAAGAGAUGCUCGAAUUUUGCAAAGAGAAAGGAGUGAGGUCCACGAUCGAGGUCGUGAAAAUGGACUACGUCAAUACCGCGAUGGAGAGGUUGGCCAAAAACGAUGUCAGAUACCGGUUUGUUGUUGAUGUUGCUGGUAGCAAUCUCGGAGAAGAAUAAAACAACAAUUUGAUCUAUUAAAAUAUACAAAAUACAAAUGCGAAGACUUUUUAAUCUUGUAAUCCGUUGACAAAUGAGUGUGACAAAUGCUAUACUUUUCCGUUGUGUUGAUGUAACUUCAAAAUUAUAAAAUUUAUUGAAUGAUGAAUUAAUAAUAUAUGUUUUUUAUUAUCUGUAAAA